AAACCCAAACCCCUUAUAAAUCCCAACCCCUCCUUUCUCCCAAACUCAACAAUCCUCUCUCUCUCUCUCUCUCUCUCUCUCUCUCAAACACAGGCAUGACGUCUACCAUCGCCCUCUUCGUUUUAUUGGCUAUCAUCACCGGCACCAGUGCGGCAGAUCCCGACCUGCUCCAGGACAUUUGUGUCGCCGAUCCCACUUCAGCUGUGAAGAUCAACGGGUUCGCCUGCAAAGACAUAGCGACUGUCAAUGCAACGGAUUUCUUCUUCGACGGACUAGCAAAGGCCGGGAGCACGAACAAUUCCAUGGGUUCUCUGGUGACUGCAGCCAAUGUACAGAAGAUCCCCGGCCUGAACACGCUCGGCGUGUCUCUGUCUCGCAUUGACUACGCGCCAGGCGGUCUCAACCCGCCUCACACGCACCCACGUGCGACCGAGAUCGUGUUCGUCCUCGAGGGCGAAUUGGAUGUUGGAUUCAUCACGACGACUAACACACUCUUCUCGAAAUCGAUCAAGAAGGGCGAGAUCUUUGUAUUCCCAAGGGGUCUAGUUCAUUUCCAGAAGAACAAUGGGAAUGUUGCAGCUGCAGUGAUCGCAGCUUUCAAUAGCCAAUUGCCUGGGACCCAGUCGAUCGCAGCCACCCUAUUCGCGGCCACCCCGCCGGUCCCUGACAAUGUACUCACCAAAGCGUUCCAAGUUGGGACUAAGGAAGUGGAGAAGAUCAAAACUAGGCUCGCGCCCAAGAAAUAGAGGAAGUGAGAGAUUGAUCCAUGUCGGCCGGUGUGUCAGAUUCCGGCAGUGGGUCGGGUUUGUACUGUUGAUGGACUAGAUUGGUUGAUGAUUUGUUGUGAAAUUUGUGGACUUUUGUCCUUUGCAAAAUAAUCUAAUUGUGGAAAACACGCAACAAUAAUCGCUCAAUCAAAUGCAUUCCCAUUCGUGCCAA